UGUCUUUUCAAACAUGAGUUAUGUGGGUCACAUCUUCCUUGUUACCAUAGCAACAGCGAUUUUAAUGCUUGAAAAGUGUGAAAUUUGAUUAUUGAUAACCCUGUCAAAAUUAAUUACAGAAUUAAACUAUGUUUUUCUCAAUUUCAAUAUAUAAGGCAGAUUUAAUUUUUUCCAUAUUUAUUUUAAAGCAUUGGGCCCUACUUUGCUUUGUUUUUACCAAAUGCUGUAAAAUCACCAUAAUUUUCAUAAAUAUUUUACGCAAAAACGCAACCAAACUCUAUCACGAUCAUACAUACAAUAAAAACUACGGGUUUUGAAGUUAUAAAUCCAAUCAUAAAAAAUGGUAGUUGGAUAGUCUACAGCAAAUAAUUUGAUUUACAAUGUAUCACAAAUAUGAACGCGCGUAAGCAGAUUAUCUCCCCUUUGUGGAACUCUCCUGCUGAUGAAGAACAGAAAGUUGGAGUUGCAGCAGACGUCGGAGAGAAAAAAAAACACCAUGUACUGAUCAUGUAGCUCUUGUGCGGUUACAGGGGGCAUGACUGCAUCAAGCGAUUGAAGGUAAUUCUUCACUUCAACUAAUGCUUCACCAUGGGCUUUAUCAUCUUUAGUGGUUUUUUGUCACACAUUCGUCAUGGGUGAUGAGAGGAAGACAUCUACAGGUGCGAUCCAGUUUGUAUGCAGUUUUAGUCAAUCAACCUCUGGAUGUGGACUGAUUGGUUACAAGAAAACUUGGCCCCAAACAAUACUACCCCUGACCUGCUGUCAAAAUUCUGUAGAUUCACAUCUGCAGAAUUUUGCAAUCAACCACAAAAGUAUACAGAAUGAAUACGAUUUAAUAAAGACUCGGGCAGGCCAUUUUGAAGACAAGGAUGAAACACUUACCAUCUGCCCCAAACACAGAUACAUUCUUGGGGUUGGAUGGAGAUCAAGCAAGAUGUGUUCCUUAGGAUGGAAAUGUGCAAAAAAGAGCCGGAGCAAUUCAAAAGGAACCAUUACAAAAGAACAAUCAUUCUUUCUCAAGAAAAAUUAUGAUGUCCUUAUACAAAUUGGUUCAGGAGUAUGCACCAACUGCAGGAAAGAACUGCUACAGAAAAUGGCAACAGAUUCUGCAGAAAUGGAACAAGAGGAAAGUACAAAAUGUCAUGAGAAUCCUGAUGAUGAUGAGUUGCAGCUACCAAAUGACCAUGAAUUACAACCAGCUCCAAUGCAUUUACAACAAAUAGAGGAGAAUCAUGAUGAUGAUGAGUUGCAAUUACGAAAUGACCGUGAAGUACAACUAGCUCCAAUACAUAUUGAACAAUCAGAGGUGGAAUCAACUAUAGAAGACAACUUUUCCCAACCAACAUCUUUUGGAAGUCAGUUAUCAUCUGAAUGGCAGGAUUCCCAAGAGCAUGACGACAGUCCUCUCCGUAAAAGAAAGGCCUUGAAUACUUUUCUUGAUGCCAUAGGUGUUAGUCCAAUCAAAAAAACACUAACUGUCAAUUUCGAAUCUGCAUCAAAAAGGACACAGAAUGAUUAUCUUAAAAAAUCAAAAGAUAUUCUUCACAACAUCAUUUCUAUUAUUGCCCCGAACCAAGAGGAUCUGUUAGAAAAGGCUAUUUAUUCAAGCAAUCCAGACAGUGAAGACACAAACAUUAUUGAAUCUAUUUCAGAAGCUUAUUCUAGCAUGACCAGCUGGGGAACUCAGAGACAACUUCUUUCUUUAUUGGUGGAGGACCACAGUUACAAUGAGAUUAAGGAGCAUAUACCAUCUCUGUCAAAAUACAAGUAUACUGCAGCUCGUAAGCAUGCUGCCAUCAACGGCAUAGGCAUGCCAGUAGAGAAAAGAUUACAGACAAGAGAAAAAGCUACCAAGGAGCAGAUAGAACAUUUCCUAGAAUUCAUAAUGUCGCCAGCAAUAAUGACUGAUUCACCAUUUGGCACUUGUUCAUAUAAAAUCUCUUCAGGAAUCACUUUGAAUGUUCCCAAAAUAAUUCUGAACAGUGUACGGACUAGAACUGUAUCAUUAUAUUUGAAGUUCUGUGAGGAAGAAGAGUUUCGAAAUGUUCUUUCUGAAAGGUCAUAUAUGAGGAUCUUGGAAGCAGUUGAACCAGGUAUCAGGAAGUCAAUGAAAGGACUUGAUAAUUUUGCUGCUGAUGGGAGCCAGGCUUUUGAUGACCUCAAAAACGUUGUCAAAGUAUUGGGUCAGCUUGGAAAAGGACAUGAAUGGUCAGAGAAGAUGACUGGCCUGCUUAAUGAAGGAAAGCAGUACUUAAAAGCUCACUACAAGUUGCAUAUCAGUGAAAACUCUGAAAUACCUGACCACUGCUGUACUUAUGCCCUGUCAUCAGAAGACAUUGCUUAUUCAAAGGAAUGUGACCAUUCACAUUGGAAACUUUGUGAUGAAUGCAAUAGCAUCACCAAUCUGUUGGAUGAGUUACAGGGAGCAAUUAGUUGCCAAGACUUCACUGAUUAUGACCAGAAAGAUGACAUUGAAUAUACAGCUGCAGAGAGUGUGAAGUUGAUUAAAGAGUGGAAAAUGCACAUACUUCGCACUGUAAACCAAGACAGAGCAAGAACGAAUAUUUUGGAAAAUAUGAAGUCGGAUGAAGCACUUCUAGAAAGAGAUUGGGCUAUGAAGUUCCUUCCCCUACAAUACAGAGAAUCCCAAGCAAAAUGGUUUGCUAAAAGAGGGCUGUCAUGGCAUAUCAGUGUUCUCUCAUGGAAAGAGGAAACCUUAAGAUCAGCUACCUUUGUUCAUGUUUUUGAUAUUGCAAAUCAGGAUGCAAUAACAUCAGCUGCCAUUCUGCAAGAUACUCUGGGUCGAAUAAAGAAUCUUAAUGCAGCAAUACAGAAUGUUUAUGUACGGUCUGACAAUGCUGGCUGUUACCAUUCACUUUAUGGCAUUGGAGUUGUUCCUUGCAUUAAUCAUAUGAACAGAAAUUAUAUUAACAUAAAACGAAUGGAUUUCUGUGACCCACAAGGUGGUAAAUCAAUUUGUGAUCGAAAAGCUGCUCAUAUAAAAUGGUACAUAAAAAGAUUUGUGAAUGAAGGAAAUAAUGUCUUGAAUGCUAGUGACUUCAAGGAUGCUAUUGAAAACAAGAUGAACAAUGUACAGGUUAUUGUGUCUUUGCCACCAAUUUCCAAACCACCAAAAAUGUUGCUGAAAUUACAAAACAUCAGUCAGCUUUUUGAUUUCAGUUAUGACAACAGAAAUUUGACUGCUUGGAAGCAGUAUGAGAUCGGAAAAGGCAAAACAAUAAAUUAUGACACUGCGGGAAUUAAUUUAAAUUGGGCAAUCCCUGAAAUUACUCCCAAGUCUGUAUCCGAGGUCAUGCUGACACCUCCACCCAUGGAAACACGGACAAACGUUGAUUCUUCAUCAUGUCCAGAACAAGGUGCUACAGCAUCUUCAUGUACAGAUGUCAGCAACCAAGAAAUGGUGGAAUCGCCCUGUGCAGAUGACUGCAGCAAUGUAUUCACUUGUCCAGAGGAUGGAUGCAUAUCUACAUUUUUAAGAUAUGGUCAUUUGUGUAACCACUUAGAUACAGGAAAGCACACUUUCUCUGUGGAGAGAAUGGACUUAAAGGAUCGCUCAAGAUUUUCAUAUGCUACCCUAAUUGAAAAUAGACUUACAGGAGCAAAUUUGAAUGGAUCAGAAGAUGCUUCAGGAGUUAGCACUUUAGAGAGUGGAUGGGCUAUUAAAAAAAAGAGAGAAGUCAAAAGAUUUACUGAAAUGCAAAAAUCCUUUAUGACCAAGAAAUUCAUCCAAGGUGAAUCAACAGGAUUCAAAUGUGAACCUGAAGAAGUAGCACGAGAGAUGAGAAGUGUGAAAAAUGACAAUGGUGAACGAAUUUUCCACUUUGGAGAUUUCCUCUCAGCAGCUCAAAUUGCAAGUUUUUUUAGUAGACUUUCGCUAAAGAAAAGGCAGAUGUCUAACACUGACUAUGAAGAAAAUGAUUUGACAGCUGAAGGGAACAUUAACAAUUUGAAUCAGAUUUCUGAUAUGGCUCUUAAAGCAAUGAACUAAAAUACGUUUUCUAACUAAAAUAAAGAUUUUUAUGCAGCACAAUGAAUAUGGCCGGGGCAUAUAGUGUUUGUCAUGUCCGUCUUCCGUCCUUCUGUCACACUUUGCAUUUAGCUCUGUUCAAAGCUAAGUUUCAGAGAAAGUACCUAAGGUAUAAUUUUCAUCAAAUUUCAUUUGCUGAUAGAUAUUGUUGAGAGCUAUGCAACUGCAUCAACAUUUUUUGACUUUGACCUUUCCUUUGACCUCACAUUUCUUAAAUGAGUGUGUAGCUCAGUUUUAAACUUACCAUUCAAAAAAUAAGGUUAUCAAACUUCACAAGUUGAUACUAACUUUCACAGAUGAUGUACCUAGGGAUAAACACUACCAGACUUGCUUCGGAUCUUGCUGGAUCUGACCUACAUUUUCCAGAUGAGUGACCAGGUUCAAGUUUUUGAAGCAGGUCCAUUCCAAGGAACUAUAAGCCCUACUUGAACAAACUUGCAUGGAUGAUGCAUCUAGGGAUGGACACUACCAGGCUUGCUGAGAAUGCUAGAUCUGACCUACAUUUUUAUUACCUAGUAACUAUUAGCCCUACCUGAACCAAACUUGCAUGGAUGAUGCAUCUAGAGAUGGAAACUACCAGACUUGCUUGGAUGCUGGAUCUGACCUAUUUCUUCAUUCCCAAGUAACUAUAAGCCUGCCUGAACCAAACUUGCAUGGAUGAUGCAUCUAGAGAUAGCCCUACCAGACUUGUUUCAGAUGCUGGAUCUGACCUAUAUUUUCAUUCCCAAGGAACAAUAAGCUCUGCCUGAACCAAACUUGUAUGGAUGAUGCAUCUAGGGAUGGACACUACAAGACUUGCUUCGGAUUCUGGAUCUGACCUUCAUUUUUAUUCUUUAGUGACCACAAGCCCUACCUGAACCAAACUAAUCAAAUUUUUAUACAUACACUUUUUCAUGUUGCAUUACUAACAUUUCUUCGGCGGGGCAUUCUUGUCCUGUACUUAAUAUUAGUUAUAAUAUCAAACUGUGUUGGAAGAGGAAUGUAGGAAUCACCCUAUUUGCUAGUCCAUCUGUCUGUGGACAACGCUUGGAUAUGUUCAGCGAAGUGUUUAGGUCUGUUCCUGUUUAAGACAUCGUAAAGUACAGCUUUCCACAUUAUUACUGGUAUAAGUGGUAUAUAGACCAAACUUGCUUGCAUGGUUUAAUGUCUAUGACUGCAGUGUAUAAUGCAAUGGAUUCUACAUGUGACCUUCAUUUUAUGCUUGAAUAACUCGUUAAAUUCAUUAUAUAGUACUGUUGAUAUAAGUGGUGUUGCCCCAUAAGGGGGUUGGGUGUGGUAUUUAUCCUGUUUGUACUGCUCUAGCUCUAGAUGGUUGCAUAAACAUGAAAUGCUUAUUCAUAUUCAAUGAAACACUUGUUUUACGUACAAAUAUAUGAUACUUUUAGUGAGCAUUAAUAUUUGACCAGUUGAUUGAUCUUUGAUAGUAAAUAAGGUGAACUUUAAUAAAAAGUUGCUUAAAGCUAAAUUUUCACAAGGAAGCCUUGCUGAUGUUUAGGUUUAUGUUCAUGUGAAUAAGUACAUGUAUAAGGUUGUCUUCUGUUUAAGCGACACUAAUUCUUGUUGUUUUUAGGUUCAUAAACUUAAAUAUCAAAAGUGAUAGAGCAAUGAAAAUUAGCCUUUGAGUAGAUAGAGCUUUGGGUUGGUGCUCCAUUUUGACAAACAUAUGGUAAAAUUUUCACAUAUUAGUUCACAAUUUGACUACCCGGUAUAUUGUACGAGACAUUGUACACAAUGAUACUUAUUAUUACUAACAUGAUAGGGUAAAUAUAAAAGGGUUGACAGUAGAUUAGGAUGCCAUGACCCAAAUAUUCCACUUGAGAGGAUUUUUUUUCCUAGAUAUAUGUUUUAUGUGUUGCUGAUCCCAGGUUAGUCGGUUACUAAGGUAUAAAUUUCGUUGCUAUGGAGAAUUUUUUUACAUUGUUUUGUAAAAAAAAAGUCAUAUAUUGUAUGGAGAUUAUUGUAAAGUACUAUGUUUCUGUGAAUUUGGUAUCUAACUGUCAAAUAUCUGACGUAAUGUAAAAAAAAAAUCGCGAAAAUGAGCAAAAUUCCAUUGAAAGUGUUUUGAAAAAAUUGCCAAUUUUGAUUCCUGGAAAAAAAAAUUGGGACACCUGACUACCAAUUUUUAUUUUAUUUUUUCAUAGUAUUGGGAUAUAUGUUUAACUUGAUAUGACAUACAAUAUCUAGGGUUGUUGCGUUUUUAAGUAUUCAACUUUUGAAAAAACUUAAUAUUCCACAGAUAUUCCCAUCAUUAAAAGCUUGUCAUUUUUCGGUUACCAUAGCAACCAUAUCAAAUUUUUUUAAAAUACUUACAGACAUAAAGAUAUUUUCUUCUGAUGGAUCUUUCAUUACUUCAGUAUAAGAAAACACAUUUAGACCUUCCAAUUGUUCCCCACUCUGCAUUUAAAUAUGUCUAAAUUUGUAUUAUUUUACAAUGUUUCGUCGAGAAUUUACUAUGCAAAUCACAUUUGUUGCCAUGGAAACCAAUGAUGAUGAAUAAAUUUGUAAAAUUUGUCUCAAAUCUGUUUUUUGUUGUUGUUCAAAUAUUUUAGGGUGGUUUUUGCCCAAUUCAAAAUUUUUGACUUUCCAUGUAAAUCUCAAUGGUUA